CCACGGCCCCGGCAUCGUGCCCGGCCUCGUGCCCAUCAUCAGCGUCACGCCGCACUCCCCCGGCAUGGGCAUGGGGCUCGGCAUGGGGCUGGGCCCCGGCAUGGGCAUGGGCGGCAAGCACUACCCCGUGCUAGAGGACAACCUGCAACAUCUUCAUGAGAUACAUGAAUCAAUUCAGCAAAUGCGAGAUCUCAGUGUGCAAGCUUACAACUCACAGCUAAUGCGCUCCAGCCAGUAUUCAAGAUUAAGCUCUUCUUGCCCAUCGUUAGCAGUAGACCCUGGGUCAGAUCCAGAUCUCCUAUCAUCGGUUAAUUCUUCACCCAUUCAAGCACCAAAUCUUGGCCUUAUUAGCUCGCAUAUGACUGCGGCAUUUAAUGAUAUAAUGCAUCGUAAAGGUUCGGCCUCUAAAGAGUGGCUGUGGAGAGGUGUUGGUUUUGGCUCAGAGGUAUCUAGACGCCGCAGCUGGACUGCUCUUGAGGACCUCUCUAACGGCAAAGUAAAACGUAAAUCAUCAAGACAAAGGAGUAUGAGUUUAAGUAGUAUGGACUCUGAAGCAGAGGAUCCUUUCAUAGAUGUGCCGGACAGUGGAGGUGGCCUUCUUCUAACUGACGGUACGACUUGUUCUGGUCCUGGCCACCAAUCUGGCACUGCUGUUGGUGGCCGAAGAAGUGGCGUUUCCACUCAUUCUUUAAAUGAAGCUGAUUUGCAGAACGAUUUUGCAAAAAUUCAAGCAAAACGAGAAGCAGAAUCUCGUCUGAUGCCUGCAAGACUGCCUCUUCAAAAGUCUGUGUCCACCCCAUCAAUAAUAGCAGUGCGUGACUUGGCAAGUGCCACAAUCCAACAUGACGGGGCAGCUCCUGCUAUCCAACCCUUUGUAUGUGCACGCCUUGGCGACAGUGGUCAACGACUGGGCACGGAAAGUGAAACAGAAGAAGAAGAAACGCGGCUCAUUCCUGCAACUAGCCAGCUUUCACUGCACCAUUUGCUUGCUGAUCCUGCCUAUGACAAUCACGCUGAAAAGCGUAGGAAAAGAGGUAGUUUAUUUUUCAGGAAGAAAAAGGACAAGAAGAAAGUACCUCAUCAAUGGGUUUCAGUUUGCUAUGUCUCCCCUCACACUUGUGAUUGGUGUGCCAAGGCACUCACAAAUAAACCCGCCUUCUGUUGUGAUAAUUGUUCUGCUACUGUCCAUCAGACGUCCUGUAAAGAUCAUAUACAGGACUGCAAGGGAAAGACCUCAAAGAAUGCCCCCAAGUCAGGUAUGAACAUCAUGGGUCAUGCACCAGUCAACAAACAGCCUAAUGAAAAGAAGAAGAGUCUUACCAGUGUAUCAUUGACGUCCAACUCAUCCAGCAGGAGGACCACGUUGUGCUACUCCCCUUGGAGGAGGGUGGCAGCCAAGUUGGGAGUUAACCAAAUAAUAAGUGAAGAGAAGGAUCAUGAUGGAUCCCAUAUGCAUGAUACAGUCAACUACUCAGAUGAAGUGCCCUUAGUGCAGUACGAGUUUCUGGAUGAAAGUCCAGUGACUGCUAGUGAACUAGAGUUAGAUCCAGUUCAUGGUUUGCAAGCUGAAGAACCAGACUCCUGGACCCCAACAGUUAGUAAAGAAGUGACCAAGAAAUUAAAAGAGAAAGAAAUUAAGAGGCAGGAACAUAUGUAUGAAUUUAUUUUGACAGAAAAGCAUCAUUGCUUGACACUCAGAGUUAUGCAAAAGGUUUUUGUGGAAGGCCUUCAAAAACAUUUCCAGCUGGGUCCAAAUUUGGCAAGAAUGUUCCCCAGACUUGCUGAUCUCACAGAAAUUCAUCUUGAGUUCCUUGCAAAACUAAGAGAGAAACAACGAGCUUCUCCGGUGAUAGACACUCUCAGUGAUAUCUUACUGGAGCAGUUUUCUGGAGAUGGAGCAUCAAGACUAAAAGCGUGCUAUGGAGAAUUCUGCUCAAGGCAUCGUGAUGCUGUCAACAUGUACAAAUAUUACCUUCAGCACGAUCGUAGAUUUGGGGAAUUUGUCAAGCAUUGUCAGGGGAACCCUUUGCUUAAGAAAAAAGGAAUUCCUGAGUGCAUUUUAUUUGUUACUCAGCGGCUGACUAAGUAUCCUCUCCUCAUUGAACCUCUGAUCAAAACCAGUAAAGAUAACAAAAUGGAGCAGGAAAAACUUCACCGAGCUCUGGCUCUUGUUAAGGAGAUUUUGGUGGAGGUUGAUGCCCAAGUUGCAGAGCAAGAGAAAGAAGACCGGAAACUUGAAAUAUACCAUAAAAUUGAUGCCAAGUCCUUUACAUUGCACAGAGGCAGAAAAUUCAAAAAGUCUGAUAUUCUUGCUGAUAGUCGUAAAUUAAGGUUUGAAGGUGUCGCAAUGCUGAUGCAAGGCAGGAGUAAAAUGCAAGUUGUCCUUGUGAUUGUAUUGUCUGAUGUCUUGUUCUUCCUCCUUGAAAACAACCAAAAAUAUUCUUUCUUCACCCCAGAUAACAAGGCAGGUGUGAUAUCUUUACAAAAGUUAUUGGUCAGAGAAAAAGCAGGUCAGGAAUCUAGGGGGAUAUACCUGAUAUCUUCAAACCCAGCAGAUCCUGAAAUGUUUGAGCUCAAAGUGCAUAAACCCAAAGAUAAGCAAACAUGGAUUCAGGCUGUGAGGGCUGCUGUGCAAUGUUGUCCAGAAGAUGAAGAGGAUGGGACUAAACUUAGUCAAGAAGCCAAACAGAAACUCUUUGAUGCAAAACAAGAACAGAUAAGACAAAUAGUCGGCUCCCCCCAUGGGGAAUCAGAAGUUCAAGGAAUUUUGAGACAAAAAGACGUAGAACAAGCUUUGAUAUUGGAAGAGAAAAUGGCGCUGCAGCAACAGCUAGCCGGUAUUUCUUCAAGCAACAGCACAGUGGAUUCUCCCUCUUACUGCCAUCUGGUGUCGGAAGAUAUGGACUCACCUCGUAUGUGGCAAGAAGUUCUGCGAGCCAUAAGGGAGGUGAAUAGACUUGCGAGUUCUUUGUAUGUUUCUGGAACGAACCUUUCUCGAAGUGUUAGUUCAGUUGGUGAACACCAGAGCUCUGCCUAUGUAUCUCCCACACUACCAAAGCGGGCUGAGACUUUUGGUGGAUUUGAUAAUGCCAACAAAGAUAAAGAACAAGGUACUGGUACCAUGAGUAAAGUAUUGAAAAAGCCCCAACCAGCCCCACCUCAAGUAACUCUACAUGGACAUAGCCGAGAACCAUCCAUUUCUUCUAGUCCAGCUUUAACCCCAGAUUCUGAAGCUGGGCGUUCUUCGAGACCGUCUAUUCACUCAGUCGAGUCGCCAUUGAGAAGUGCUAUAAUGGCUACCGUUCCAUCUGGUAUUGCCCAGCUCAUUGCUCCACCCGAUGCACACGCGGCCGCACAAAUCUCUAGUUCGGCUCCUGGUGAGCUGCCAAGCCUAAUAAGCCUAGGACAGGAGCAGCAAAUGGUUGCAUUGCAGUUGUCUCACCAUGUCUACACCCUCAGCAGCAUCAUUUCUCAACAGAUGACCAGUAUUGAUAACUUGCAGGCACAACUGGCAGCUUGCCGUUCGCAGUUAUCAACGGAAAGCGAAAGCAGGCAGAAGCCUGCUUAUCGGCAGGCGCAACAGCUGGAGGAACUGCGGAACUUGCAAGACCGCCUCUCUCAAGAGAAGGAAUUGUGGGCUAGAGAACGAGAGGAACAGGAGAAAGAGUUAACUGAGCGUAAGAGCGACCUUCAAAGACAACAGGAACAAGUCCGUUCGGAGCAAGCUGAUGUGAGACAGCAGCGGGAACAGCUCUUUCGGAAGCUGGAAAUGCUUACCAAUCAAGGCAUUUUGAUCAGUCCCAACAUGCCUGUUGUAACAACUCCAGGCAGUGGGAUGGCAGGGGCCGAAAGUAGUGAAAUCUCUUCACAUGAUGUUGACUCAGCUUCUUUGUCGAGCGGCUCAGGUCUCUCACAGCAACUCACUCCCUCCCCACCUGUCCGCAAAAUGGAAUCAAACAAGUGGAAAGGGCCUCUUAGCAAACCUGCUGCUGUACCUAUCAAUCUUAUAAGUGCAGCCAAUCAGCAAAAGGUUGCUCAAAAUCAAGUCAAACAGCAGUUACCAUUGAAAUUGUCGAAGCUGAGCAGUAGUAGCAUUGGCUCAGGAAGUAACAGUACUGGAGGAAGCAGUUCUGGUAUGGGAGGCAAUGCUGUUGGAAGUCUUCAGCAAAUGCUGCCAAUGAAGUUGAGCCAAGGAAGCCAAGGCAGUGUUGACUCGCGCAGGAGCAUGGGUAGUCUGAGCGGAGCAGGCGGUGGCUCUGCCUCGGGAACUUUAAGUGGAUACCAUCGCCUUAGUUCGGGCAGCAUGAGUCCCCCCCCACCAGCCUCUGCCCCAGUCUCUACUCUGAUCCCAAGUCAUGCUCGGACCGGAUCAAGUCCCGCCAUGAUGCAAAAUGUUUCCCAUCCUGAUAUGUUGGCACUCUCGAGCUCCUCACCUCAUGCGUCUGGAGGACCAACUUUGCCAGGAACGUCAGGAGGAAAUCGGGCUGGCCGAACCAACACCUUUCCCAAAAUCCCAGACAAAUUUCGAAUGCGGAGUCCAGACUCCAACUCAACUUCGAAACCUCAAACCCACCAGCAAGAGGAAGAAGUGAUAUUUUUCUGAUUUCAAUUGAUAAAGUAGUUGAGACUCUGAAUCAAUGAAAGAGCAACUGUAUUCAUGAUUUAUCUUAUUCUUGAACAGUUCACACCGACGUUAGUUACCAAAUGUAUUGUUUGUUUGAAGGCUUUGUUUGAAUGAUAUAUUUAGCCAAAGAACUCUCAUUGAAUGCUGAUGCGUUUGUGAGUCUUCAUUAAUAUGUGGUUCGUUCUAAUAAUUGACAAUGCAAUGGUCAAAUGUGAUACUCUUGACAUAUGCAGCGAAUUCCAUUUAUAUGUAUUUGUGAGUGCGUUUCUCUUUGUUACAUUUAGACAACCUAGGUACUGUGAAGUUAACAUUUAAGUUAAUCAUUGUUUCUUCAUGCCCAGCACUUCCAUAUAAAAGUGAUAUUGACCUAGCACUGCUUUUGGUAUUACUUUUACCAGAAUCAGUAUUAAAUUUCCUGUAUUUCUUGAACUGUGAAACUGUGACAAUAUAUCAUUGACUGUGCGAGCUGCAUAAUCAUGAAAUUGCAUAGUUCUGAAAACUUAUAAAAGUAUUUUGCAUAGAAGUACAGUGGUUAUGUAGAUACACUUCUAAUAUGGUAACUAAACAAGUCAAAGUCAAGCUGUGAGGCUUGUAAUUUUUGAACUUGGUAAGUUGGAACCUAUGUUUUAUUUGGCUUCCUUACCAUUUUCAGCAAUGUACAAAUAAUUCUGUUUGUAAGUAUGGGAAUUUUAUUUAUUUUUGAAUGUGGACUCUGAUGGUGCUUCUUUCUAUUUUUCUUGUUCAUUCCAUGGCAGCUUUUUGCCACCUUUGCAGUUCAUUCCUAUCUUCUUUUCGUUCCAGUGAAUACUAUAGUUGUAAACAUUACCCAACCCCAAAAAGAAAUUAUUGAGUGUGGAUACAUUUUAUUACUUGUGAGUUGCCGUUUCUUUCAUUAUCCACAUGCAACUGGUUUAUGAUUGUGUUAGAGUGAUUUUACUUAUGUAAUGUGCAAUCUAGGUGUGUGCAAUACCUCCUCCUCUCUGUGAUGUUAAAAAUGUGUGUAUUAGAUCUUUAAGAGUUGUACAUUGUUUUCUUCUCAACAUUUUAAUGUUACUAAUUUUUUGUGUUCAUAUUGAAGUCAUAUUUUUGUAUGGAGCUCUGUUCUUUGUUGAGGAAGAAAAAAAGGGAAAGCUCUCGCAAUUUGAGGUGCUGUGAUGCAAGAGCAAAGUAUUGCGAAUGCACUAAGGAGGCUUUCAAAGAGGAUAUUUAUUUUUAUUUAGAUCUUGGUCUGUGUUAAUAACCAUUCCAGGGUAGCCAAUGUCCAUGGUAAUGUAAUACUGAUAUUGCUCCCUUGUCUUAUUGUGCAUAAUGAAGGCCAAAUGAGCCUCAAAUUAGUUUGGAGCAUGUAUAAGCUAAACUAAAACCAUAUUUAUUUGUGGUAGCUGUUAGAUACCAUCUCUAUAUCAAUGACAUUACCUUUACCCUAGUUAUUGCAUCCUCCAUCUCCUCUCUCAAAAGGCUAAGUCCUUGCCUUUUUUCGUGUUUAGGUAUGCUCAGGCUCAGUUACAAAAUUAGUAUUUGGCUUUGGCCUCUAGCUACUAGCCCACUCGUACAUGUUACUGAAGACUUAUUAUUGUAAUUAUUACUAUUGCUCUGUAUGGCAAGAGUGUGAACAGUAUUAUGGCAUUACCUUAUUUCUUGCAGCUGAUUAUUACACAUGCAAUCAUUUUAAUAGAGUGAUUCGUUAUGGCCCCAUUUUCUCUAUCAACUUUUGGGCUUGUUGCCCCAACAAAUCCUGUCAUAUUUUACCUUUUAUCUUUCCUUCAAUGCAUUACUAAUGCAUUUGUGCAGUAUUGAUUUUCUUCAGCUCGACACUUGUAAUCAAUUAACAAAGUGUAAAAAGUAACAAAAAAAGGGAAUAAAUUUUUUAAAAAAUAAUUGAUAUGUGCAGGCCACUUAUCCUCUGUUCCAUAUUUUAUUUAUAAUAUUAUUUUAAUGUCUGAUAUUGACCCUUUGAAGAGAUUCAAUGUUUUAAUUUGUGGUUGAGGGGGUUCUUUUCAAUAGUAUGUUAUUGUUUUGUUUCUUUUGUAAGUGUACCUUGUAACUAGUUGAGUUUAAAAAAUUGAUGUAACAUGGCUGGCUUCUUAACAUCCAUGAUCACAUUACAAACCAGGUUGUUGUGUGGUUUGUUUUGUCUUACGAUUUAAUUGAACUCAACAGCUGCCAACAAGUAAAGCAACCUCUAUCAUAUUAUUCCACUAUUUGGAUAUGUUAUUCAGUGCAUCAAUUUUUAUUCAACCAAAAUUUACACCAAAGAUUAUUUUGUUGGAACAAUGAAAUGAACCUGUAUAGAUGUAUGAAACAAUUGUGUAAUUUUAUGUGAAUACUUUUCCUCUUGAAGAUCAGCAUUUUACUUUACACUCAUGACUGUAGGUAGAAAUGAUAGAUCCAAGUGUGUUUGACCUGAUUUUAAUUCUUACCUUGUUUUUACGAAUUACUCUUAUACGCUGCUGGACUUAUGUUUGUCUUUUUCUCAUGCAAAUGAAUUGGUUUUAUGUUCAUUGUCUGUCUGUGCCAAAUUUUCUCUGAUGUCUAUUUUUUAAAAGUAGUAAUAGCAGUUAAGCAGUGAAGACUAAUGUUACAUACUUUUUCUCCGCCUGAAGUGUGUCUUGGUAGCCUUCCUGUUGACUAGAUGCCAAGUACUGAUUUUAAUUUGGCAAAAUUAAAUGUUUCGUCUUCAAUAGCUAGAGUAUUUUUCCUGAAUGAGAUAAAGAGGUUCUGAUAGUUUUUUUUUCUCCCAUUUCUUCUUUUAUUGGUAUGAGUUUGAGAGAGAGAAAAAGUUAGUGGGUGGUUGACUCUGUGGUCUUCUUCCAAAAAGUGUGUGCCCCUUCUGCUGUGCCUAUUUUCUAGUGAGAUAAUCAGAAAUUUCCGCAAUCUCCCUUUCUAUCAAAUUUUGAGGUAGUAGACAUCCUUUUCCAAUAUUUUUUGUAGACUAUUCCAUGUAAUCUAGCAAUAAGCAAGCAAUACUCUUGUUACUAAUCAAUCAGAAAAUAUACUCAUCCUAUGGCCUACUGUCUAUGUCUCAUCAUAAAAUGUUUCAUGUCUCAAUUUAGAAUUUCAAUAUUGAGAAAUUCUCUUGUAUAAGAUAUACGUAUAUCUAAUUAGAUGCUGAUGAGUGGAUUGUCCUUAAUUUCUGAAGGUGUUUUUAUUUUCACAGGAAAAAGGCAGCCCUUCUCAUUGAGACUGUACAAUCUAGGUAUAGCUGUGUGCUUUUGUUGCUAUCACCUUACAGUGUGUGAAUCAUUUUCCUUAGACUCAGUAUCUUAAUGUGCCCAUUCCGUUUUAGGAUAAUUUUUUUGAAUCUAUCUGAGUUGUGCUUUGGUUUUAUUCUUUUUUAUUUGUACUUGAUAUGUUGGCUCACUGAUAAUAUAUUGCUGUUAUGCAUUUGAUGAAAUUAUCUAUUUUGUGAUAACAUUGUAUAUACUUGUUAGUAGACUUAGCAAUGCGUGUUAUUUUGUUCAUUGCGCCUAACCUUUCCCAUGAUAUGGAUUUUGUUUCUACCUUUUAUCUUACAAUUGUCAUAUUUACCAUAUUUUUCAUUGCUCUGUACAGUGUGGUGUCAUGUGAUAUUCAACUUCACAAAUCAAAGAAAUAGGGUCACCUGUGUGCAAAAAUUAUAAAAAUGAUCCUGCAUGACCAGCCCUCAAUAUUGUUCAUAUUGGCUGGUCUAGAUUUGAUUCCGUCGGCCAUUUUUGUGGGAUUGCUGUGUCUGUGCUAUGCAAAAUAACACUCAAUCUUCAAAGUGUAGGAUUUUUCUUUGCCCUAUGCUCAUAAUCAGUACUUAUGUGCAGAUCUUCUGAUCCAUUUUUCAAGGAUCCCCUGGUCUAUUUAUUUUCAUUUUACUGUGCAGUGAUGGUAGGUAGGGAGCCUUUGGUACCCCAUGUAUGAUUUUUGUUACUUUUCUGACAAUCAUUCCAGGAAAAUUGUACUAUUCUGUAAAUACCAGAAAACGAUGUAAAUAAAACACUUGGAGAAUGAUUUUAAGUA